CCCCAAAGGAUCUUUCUCCAUGUUCGCAUUGACUCCCUCCAGUCCCACCAGUCUGAAGGCGCCGGCGCUGGUCAGGUUCCAGCUGGGCCUGUUCAGGGAGGUGGUCCGAGUCUCCGCCAGCAACCUAAGCUAUCGCCAUGCCAAGAGACUGGCCUCGGAGAUCAUAGAGCGUAAGGCUCCAGACUGCAGCUUGGUGGGCGUCGGAGAGAAGAUUCUGCUGUUCAGACAUCUGCCCACUUUAGAGCAGGGGCUGCAGCGGCUGACGGACCAGGACCAGCUACAGGAUGGAGAUCUGAUCGAGGUCGUCAUCGCAGGAUCAGCCUCGGUGACUGAGAUGAGGAUCCGGCCGCACACCCUGCUGGUUCACUCGUACCGGAGUCCCACCUUCUGUCACCACUGUGGAGAGAUGCUGUGGGGUCUCGUCCGCCAGGGGUUAAAAUGUGACGGUUGUGGGUUAGACUUCCAUAAACGCUGCGCUUACCUGUUACCCAAUGACUGCAGUCGAGCGCGGCGGCAGGUCAGCACCAGCCUGUCCUUGUUCCCUCCCCGACGACCCCCCACACACUCCCUGUCCAAUCAGGCGGGAGGCAGCCUGGAAGAGAUCAGCAUGACCAAACCCUCGUCCAGACCUCCGUCCUGGGCCGAGGCUCCGGUCUGGGUGGGAGUUGGAAACGGCGACUCGGUGGCUCAGGUCCCGCACACAUUUCACAUCCACAGCUACACCAAACCCACCGUGUGCCAGUACUGCCACCGGCUGCUCAAAGGUCUCUUCAGACAAGGGCUGCAGUGCUCAGACUGCAGGUUUAACUGCCAUCGGCGCUGCGAGCCGCUCGUCUCCAGAGACUGUCCGGGGGAGCGGAGAGGAGGCUUCAACGGGGAAGCAGCCAGUUACAGCAGGUUGUUAGACCUGGAGGACGAUGAGUCAGAGAUCAGCAGUAUGACAACACUAGAAAUCUCUGAUGAUGAGAUGUCCAUCGACGUCGAAUCAAUGACCGAAGCCAAAGAGGUGGGGGAGCAGGAGCCCCGAGAGCCAAUGAGUCCGUGUUUCAGCAGCAACAUCCCUCUGAUGAGGCUCGUCCAGUCGGUGCAUCACACUAAGAGGAGAGCCGGUGGAGUCCUGAGAGAGGGGUGGCUGCUGCAUCACACCAACACUGACACAAUGAGAAAACGGCAUUACUGGAUCCUGGACUGGAAGGGCAUCACUCUGUACCAGAAUGAGAGCAGCACCAAGUUCUACAAGGAGAUGCCUCUGUCUGAGGUGCUGCAGGUCCGAGGCCCCGCGCAGCUCUCCGUGCCCUUGUUGCCGGGCAACUGCUCCCACUCCUUCGAGGUGGUGACGGCUUCGCUGGUGUACUGUGUGACGGCCAGCGAGAACGGGCCGGCCUGGGAGAGCGCCAUCCGCCAGGCUCUGAUGCCCGUACACAGCGACAGAGGACACGGAGAGGACAGCAGAGGUAGAGACUCUCGCAGAGACAGCGCGGACAUCAGCUCGGUGUAUCAGAUCUUCACAGAUGAGGUGCUGGGGUCAGGACAGUUUGGAGUGGUGUACAAAGGUACUCACAGGAAGUCGGGUCGACCGGUCGCCAUCAAAGUCAUCGACAAGACGCGUUUCCCCACCAAACAAGAGACACAGCUGAGGAAUGAAGUUGCCAUAUUACAGAGUCUGUCCCACCUCGGCGUGGUCUUGUUGGAGGGGAUGUUUGAGACUGUCGUGCACGUCUUUGUCGUCAUGGAGAAGCUCCACGGAGACAUGCUGGAGAUGAUCCUGUCCAGCGAGAGGGGACGGCUACCUGAACGCAUCACUCGCUUCCUGGUCAUGCAGAUCCUCGAGGCUCUGCGGUAUCUGCACUUAAAACACAUCGCUCAUUGUGACCUGAAACCUGAGAACGUGCUGCUGGCGUCUCCAGACCCUUUCCCUCAGGUGAAGCUGUGUGACUUCGGCUUCGCCCGCAUCAUCGGCGAGAAGUCGUUCCGUCGCUCGGUCGUGGGCACGCCCGCUUACCUGGCGCCCGAGGUGAUCAGCAGCUGCGGCUACAACCGCUCGUUAGACAUGUGGUCGGUGGGGGUCAUCAUGUACGUCAGCCUGAGCGGCACGUUCCCCUUCAAUGAGGACGAGGACAUCAAGCAGCAGAUCACCAACGCUGCAUUCAUGUACCCGAAACAUCUGUGGGCCUCCAUCUCUCUGGAGGCGGUGAGUCUCAUCAACAACCUCCUGCAGGUGUCGGUCAGACGGAGGUUCAGUGUGGGCAGAGCGCUCGGUCACACGUGGCUGCAGGACUUCCAGCUGUGGUGUGACCUCCGAGAGUUCGAGCAGAGGAUGGGCCGCAGGUAUCUGACGCACCGAAGCGACGAGGAGCGCUGGAGGCAGUACGCUGCGGAGAGAGAUCUGGACUUCCCCUCCCACCUCUGCUGGAGUCCCGACAGCAAACCUGACAUGUGACCUCAGCACGGAGGUUAAAGGUCGGACACAUGAACACGCUCAAAAACCUCAGCAGUGAACCAAACCUUGUAUAGAAAUCCUUGCAUUUUUGCAUUAAAACAUGUAGCUAAAAACUUUUUUUACUAAAAGAGGGAAAAAAGGUGAUAAUAAAAGACACAAACUGCCAUGUAGUAAUAUAAUUUUCCUUUUUUAUUCCAAGUAGUGGUUUUUAUAAUUGAACUGUGAGCUUUUGUGGCAUCGCUGAUAUGAUGGACAGAAUGAGUUGAGAAUGAGAAUGGAGCACAGGUGAAAUUAAAA